GUUGCUGUAGCUCCCGCACAGGACAAAGCGGAAGUGGAACCUUCGUUACUCUUGCGUUUUAAAGGGGAAUAAAAACAGCGUCGGACUGAUAUGGGCGUGGUUGAGCUUUCCUGUUUUGAAGUUACUGGUUGAAGAUUCGUGUCGUGAAGCGCGCAGGAGCCAUGCCUUUCCUCCACGGGUUCCGGAGGAUCAUUUAUGAGUAUCAGCCGCUGGUGGACGCUGUCAUGGGUGUUGUCGGACCGGAGGGGGCAGAUGGUGGACACGAUGGCAGGUCUCUGGUGGAGCUUCUGGAGCGGGAGUCCCAGUCUGAGGUGUUUGUGGAAGGCAUCAGCUAUGCUCUGUUUAAGGUGGCUGAGCAGGGGCUGGUGUACGCUGCUGAAAUCCUUCUACGCUUUGGGGCUGAUCUAAACUUUGAAGACCCAGUGUCUUACUACAACCCUCUACAUAUAGCAGUUUUGAGGAACAAGCAGGACAUGGUGAGGCUGCUGGUCGGGCAUGGAGCAGACAUUGAAAAGAGAGACAGGAUCCAUGAGAGCAGUCCUUUGGAUCUCGCCAGCGAGGAGUCGGAGAGGCUGCCCUGUUUGCUGACUCUGCUCGAUAUGGGUGCCGAUGUGAAUGCGAGGGAUAAACAUGGAAAAUCUCCUUUGCUCCAUGCCUUGGCAAGCAGUGACGGACUCACGGUGCACAACACUGAGAACAUCCAGCUUCUCCUUCAGAGAGGUGCUGACGUUAAUGCUGCUACUGUAGACGGUGAAACAGCUGAGUCCUCGUUGGUGUUUCUGGUUAAGGAGGCCCUGGAGGCCAGCGUGGAGGACGCCGCUGAGAUUGGUAACUUCUGCUUGAAAACCACACAGCUGCUGCUGGCUCAUGGUGUGGACCCCAGCUGCUGUCUGAAUGAGGACGGUGAGCCCUCCCUGACUCAGACAAGCCUGGAGCACUUUGACCUGCUCUUCCCUCUGGCUGUGCUCAUAAUCCAGAGCAGAGCAUCUCUGGUUUGCUCCUAUCACGGCGACUCCUGUUGGUCAGGUUAUAGCCUCCUUUUCCAGCGGCUCCAAACCGCCCUGCAGCAGUGCUCUGAUCAAAGUCAAGCCUCCGAGCUUCUGGAGCAAGCUGAGGUGCUGCUUGACCUGGCGAGGGUGGACAUCCCAGCGCUUCAUCUGCCUUCCAGGCUGGAGCUCCUUGCGCCCGGUCAGAACUCUCACCCCUACGCUCAGGCACUGGUGGACCUGCACAACCGCGUGGUAGAGCACGGGGCAAGCCCUCCUGCUCUGCGGUGUCUUUGCCGAGCAUUUAUAAGGAGCCACCUACAGCCUUGGCCCCUGGAAGCCCGAGUCAAAGCCUUGCCUUUACCAGAUAGACUGAAAGACUUUCUUCUUCCUGAGCACACGUACACCCCGAAGCCUGGCUGGGACUGCUUCAAGCCCCAACAUAGCCAGCGCUGACCGUAUGAGCUACUAGCUGGUAGCGUUUGAAAUGAAAAGAAAUACAAAUGUGAAUGAGCCUACAUUAAAGAACAAUCCACUGCGGCCCAUUUUAACUUCCCAUUUUGUGUCGUCUGUGCCAAACUUUAACAAAUGUGUUUAUGUUUACGUAAAAGGAACAUGUAAUCCAUAAAUGAAAAUUCAGUCAUUAUCUUGUCAUCUCCAUGCUGAUGCAAAGACAGGUGAAGUUUGUCAUCCACAAAACAUUUCCUUGUGCUUUGCAGCAAAACAGCGCUGCAGGCUUCUCUGAAAUAACUGGACUGGCUGGAGUUUUGUUUUAAAAUGUAAAAAACAACUGAACUGUUUUUUUUUUUUUUGUUUUUUUUUAAAUAACAGCUAAACAAUGCAUUUGAAACCUCCUUAAAAAAACAAUAACUAUGUAAUAUCUAAGAAACAUUCAAGAGUAUUCCACUAUAAAUAAGAGAGGAAACAAACCACUAAAAGCAUUUUGAAUCAGAGGGCUGAUGAUGGUGAGGCCAAUCACCCGCUUUAUCCCCGCUGAUCCAGGAACGAUAUCAACCGAUCACAAUACAAGACAGCUGAGAUUCACAACAGUUUGAAGUGGUUUUGUGUGGCUGCAGACAGAUGUAAAAUAGAUAUAGAGGGGUAUGAUAAUACACUAAUGCAUAGAUAAGAUAACCAAGAAAAGGUGGAAGGCAUCCAAAUGUUGCAGCACUCUGGAUUGAGCUACACAAUAAAUGGCUGCUGUGAAACUCUGCACCUGUGUAGUACAAGUAUAACUUGUGGGAAUAAAGCACUUUCUGUUGUUUUUGUUAACUGUCCGGGGCUGUUGCCAAGAUGGCUGCUGAGUGGCAAGGACUUUUGCUCCCUUUGGCAAUGCAGGGUUCACUGUGACUCCCCCCCCAAGCUACUUAAUUCAUUUAAGAAAGCUGCAGUGCUGUUUCACUGUGAUGUGAUGUGAUGAAUGUUUAGGGAAACUGCACCGCACUUUCCAUUGACAUGGGGAUGAGUAGAAAACCACUGAAUUUUCACCUUUGGUUGAAAUGUUCCUUUAAGACACAAAUUGAUGUCUGUACAAAUCAGCCUUUGACUUGUAACUAAGUUUUCACUGUUAUGGUUAAACUGCUGUAUAGACGACUAAACCAUAUUCACGUGCGAAAGAAGUUGCAAUACACAACAAAAGCCACCAGAUGGCAGUGUUGUUCCUGCAUAUCACGAGCGGCUCAGAUGUCAGGGUCAAAGAUUUAGCUAUUCACAGAGCAGCCUAUUACAGUUGCUCCAGCGCAGGAGGCUCCAUCUAUAUUUUAUCUCCUCAACAUGAUGAUGCUGUAUCGUGGAAGUUGUCUUUCUUUCUUGUAAAUUUGAAGGGGACCAAUAAACGGCAUUGUGUCUCAGCA